GCUUCUUCAUUGGUGUUCUCGUGGUAACAAGAAAAGACACCAAGCUGUCCUUCAUCCAGCAGUCAAGAAACCCCUUUAAAGAGAAGUUUUACUUUUCCCAUUCUCCAUGGGAACAAGAGGCAACUCCUAGCCACCGUGGCUUACGAUCAAAGAAGACAGAUUUCAACAACAGUUUCUUUGACAAUUGUAAUAAUUCUUCUGUCAUCGAGCAAUUAAAAACACAGAACCAAGAAUUAAACUUUAGAGUUCAAGAACUGGAACAUCUGCUACGAGAUCAAGAAAAAGAAAAGAAAUUCCAUAUGAACAAACUUCACGAAAUUCAACUCCAGCUGGAGAAAACAAAAUUGGAAUUCACAGAAAAAAGAUUCUGUUUUGCACAAAAUUAGAGAUGAAUUGAAUAGAAUGACAGCACAACAUGAUCAAGGUACUGCCCUGGUACUGUACCAUGUUGCACCAGGCCUCUUCUGGCUGCUGUUAUAAUGAUUGUUAGCGGUAGUGUGUGUCAAACAUUCAGUCAUAUUUAAAAGAUUCAAGAUACUUGAAUAAUGUUUCUUAGAACAUCCUGAGGAUAAUGAAUGGAAAGUAUGCAUUAUGUUGGACAACCUUAAGUUCUUAAUUAGCUUGCCAUUUUCUGCAAGGGUCCAAGCACUUCUUAGCAGGUACUUAGCUUCUUGCGGCCUCAUGCCUUUGGGCAUGAUUCACUGAAGAUCUGGAACAUCAUCUCCAGUAGGGCCCUACCAAAUUCACAGCCAUGAAAAA